AGGUCAUGCUCAGAGCGAUCAGCCUCCUCGCCGCUGCCGCCAGCGCUGCUGCGUUCGCCCCCGCGCCUGCGGGAAGGCUCUCCGCCCCCGCCGCGUCUCGUGCUGCUAUCUCGCGUGGACCUCGCAUGGCUGUCUUCGAGGGAUCUUUCUCUGAGUCCGUUCCUUUCUUGAAGCAGCCGACCAACCUUGACGGAUCCCUCCCCGGAGAUGUUGGAUUUGAUCCCCUUGGCUUCUCCGAAGUGUUCGAUGUCAAGGUGUUGAGAGAGGCUGAGCUCAAGCACGGUCGCAUUGCCAUGCUUGCCGUUCUCGGAUGGCUCGUCCAGGAGUCCUACACCUUCCCCUUCUUUGACAAGGUUUCCCCCAUCGAGGCCCACGACCUUCUCGUCAAGUCCGGUGGCAUGUCUCAGAUCCUCUUGUGGACCUCCUUCCUCGAGAUCUUCGGCGGAAUCGCUCUCUUCCAGACCAUCCAGGGAACUCGCUACCCUGGUGACUUCUCCUUUGAUCCUCUCGGCCUUUCCGCGGGCAAGAACGAGGCCAACUUGGAGAAGUACCAGCUCGCUGAGAUCAAGCACGGACGCCUUGCUAUGAUUGCAUUCGGAGGAUUUGCCCACCAGUACUUCAUCACCAAGCAGGGAGUUUUUGAGCAGCUCGGAAACUUCAAGCCCAUCCCCGGCUUCCCUGAGGCUUACUUCGGCCCAUAAACGUGAUAUUUAGUUACAAAGGCAGUGCGCCAUGUGGUCUUGUGAAAUUUCAAUGAAAAUAUGAUUCUUUACCUCC